AUGCGCGGCGGUGUAACAAAAGACAGAUUUUGCGAUUGCGAUUCUCAUUUUUCGGAAGGCCCAUGCAGUCAGGGCUUAGGGGCCGCCGCAUCGCACCAGCAGCUCCAGCAGCUCCAAGCUCGACGAGGACGCUGCGAACGAGCCAAGCUGAGCCUCAGCAGAGUGCAGAGUGCAGAGUGCGAGUCGGAAUGCGAGCGGUGCUUAGGGAAAGUGGGCAUCUGCCGUCCCCCCUCUCGCAGCCUGCAAGCACGCUCCACCUGCCAGUGCGAGUUCGUUAGCCAGAGCCAGUGCCAGUGCGCCAAGUCCGAAUCUCUAUCCUCGAUACUCAGGCAAUCGACUCGCCACGUUCCUAUCACCAGCCUGGCUUCUUCAUCCUCCACUCCACUCCACCUUCAUCACCUCCUCCUGGAUCCAUCCUCAUCCUCAUCUAGAGCUCGCGCACUUCAGUUCCGCACGCCGAGUCUUGAGAUCGAGGGUCAUCUCCUCCCCAACUUCCACAUCGACUCGCACAUCGAUCCUGCCCCACCCUUCACCAUGGCGUCCCAAAAGAAGGACCUCCCCAAGAUCCGCGAUGAGGAGCGCGAGCAGCGCUUCGGUACCGUCUUCGGUGUCUCCGGUCCCGUCGUCGUCGCCGAGAACAUGAUCGGCUCGAGCAUGUACGAGCUCGUGCGUGUCGGCCACGACGAGCUCGUCGGUGAGAUCAUCCGAAUCGACGCCGACAAGGUCACCAUCCAGGUUUACGAGGAGACCUCCGGCGUCUCCGUCGGUGACCCCGUGCUCAGUACGGGCAAGCCGCUCUCUGUAGAGCUCGGCCCCGGUCUCAUGGAGAACAUUUACGACGGCAUCCAGCGUCCGCUCGAGUCUAUCAUGAAGAAGAGCGGCGGUAUCUACAUUCCCCGAGGCAUCAACACCCAGGCGCUCGACCGUCAGCUCUCUUGGGACUUCACCCCCGGCCAGCUCAAGGUCGGCGACCACAUCAGCGGCGGCGACAUCUUCGGUUCCGUCUACGAGAACUCGCUCGUCAAGGACCACAAGCUCAUGCUCGGCCCGCGUGCCAUGGGUACCAUCACCCACAUCGCCGAAAAGGGCUCCUACUCGGUCGACGACGUCGUGCUCGAGACCGAAUUCCAGGGCAAGAAGCAGAAGCACACCAUGCUCCAGAUCUGGCCCGUCCGUGCGCCCCGUCCCGUCGCCGAGAAGCUGCAGGCCAACAACCCGCUGCUCACCGGCCAGCGCAUCCUCGACUCGCUCUUCCCCUGCAUCCAGGGCGGUACCACCGCCAUCCCCGGUGCCUUCGGCUGUGGCAAGACCGUCAUCUCCCAGGCGCUCUCCAAGUACUCGAACUCGGACAUCAUCACGUACGUCGGCUGUGGCGAGCGUGGAAACGAGAUGGCCGAAGUGCUUGCAGAGUUCCCCGAGCUUACCCUCAUGAGGGACGGCGAAGAGUUCCCCAUCAUGAAGCGUACUACGCUCGUGGCCAACACGUCCAACAUGCCCGUGGCUGCGCGAGAGGCGUCCAUCUACACCGGCAUCACGCUCUCCGAAUACUUCCGCGACCAGGGCUACAACGUGGCCAUGAUGGCCGACUCCACCUCGCGAUGGGCCGAGGCUCUGCGUGAGAUCUCGGGUCGUCUCGCCGAGAUGCCGGCCGAUUCCGGCUACCCGGCGUACCUGGGUGCCAAGCUGGCCAGCUUCUACGAGCGUGCCGGUCGCGUCGCCUGUCUCGGUUCGCCCGAGCGCGAGGGCUCGAUCUCGAUCGUGGGUGCCGUUUCGCCGCCCGGUGGUGACUUUUCGGACCCGGUCACGUCGGCCACGCUGGGUAUCGUGGGUGCCUUCUGGGGUCUGGACAAGAAGCUGGCGCAACGCAAGCACUUCCCCUCGGUCAACUGGGACGUCUCCUACUCCAACUACAUCAACGCGCUCGAGCCGUACUACGAGAAGAACAAGCCGGGCUUCAUCCAGCUCCGAACCACCGCCAAGAACAUGCUGCAGAAGGACACGGAUCUGGCCGAGAUUGUGCAGCUCGUCGGCAAGUCGGCGCUCGGCGAGGGCGACAAGGUGACGCUGGACGUGGCCAAGAUCAUGAAGGACGACUACCUGCAGCAGAACGGUAUCUCCGAGUACGACGCCUACUGCCCCUUCUACAAGACCACCGGCAUGCUCAAGAACAUGGUCGACUUCCACGACCGCGCACAGGCCGCCAUCGCCAACAACCCGGACAUGACCUGGGCCAAGGUCAAGGAGCACUGCUCCGACGUCAUCUACCGCCUCACCCAGCAGAAGUUCGAGAGCCCCAAGGACGGCGAGGAGGCCAUCACCAAGAAGUUCGACAAGCUCAACCAGGACAUCACCGAGGCCUUCCGCACGCUCACCGACUGA